AUGAGCUUGACGACGACCAGUUUCACUCAAUCUAUCUACAAGGGCCAGUUUCCACCCGUACAAACCUCGGUCUUAAAGCUCUCCGAACUCAGCGAUCACACCUUCGACCCUCUCUUCCUGAAUCAGCACGACAACCUAGUUGGUGUGGCCGCUGAGUACGGAACCCAAUGCCGUCUCACGAGCCUUGCCAUCGCUUGCGCCACCCAUGUGUUCGUCGUGAGCUUGGAGGCGGGCGGCAAGGCGAAAGCGAAGGGCAAGGGCAAGGACAAGAAUGUGCAGGUCAGGUCAGUCAGCGGCCUCGGGGCGUUGCAGGAGGUUCUCUCUUGGGAGGACUGGCGCCAGGUUGGCUUCGACAUGGAUCGGAUCGCGACGUCCCUAUUUAUGGACCAUCGUUUGCGCAUAACCGGCGGGGUGGACCUCGAGUCCGUCUCGGGGUCUGGCAAUAAAAACAUUCGGGGCUCUCUGGGGUCGAUCAUGUCCGUCCUUGGCGGCGAACAAGUCCUGAACAAGGACAUAGUCAAGCGGAUUUUCUGUGAUGGAACUUCUAAGACUCCUCACAUGGACUUGGCUCUGCGUGCAUGGGCAUCUCUGUAUGCCGGCAGACGACCCGAACAGGCGUCGAGGGUUGUCAACAUCCCGGUAAUCGAUACAUCGGUUAUCGAUGACCAGGACUUGCUCGUGCUUUGCAAACUAAGACGCGAUGCCGACCUCCUCUAUGCGCUCAAGCCGACGAAGGUCAAGAACGAUGUUGCGAAGGAGUUCGUGAACCAGGAUGGAAAGCUUCAUCUUAGUUGCGAGCGCUUCAGCACGAAGAUAAGGACGUCAGCUACACAAGCAACCCCAUCUGACACCCCUCAGUCAAUCGUGGUGGAGACAGUUGUCGCUGGCAAGAAGUCAUCGGUGGCUGGGAGAGCUGUCAGGACGAGCGGACGAGCUGCGCAGGUCGGCCUCUCGGGCGCCGCGAGCGUCUCCACUGUCAAGGCCGUAUACACUAUAGGCAAGGAAGACCCUACCUCCGCGGAAGCGCAAAGAGCGCAAAUAGUCCGGAUGGCGCUGCAAGGCACCAUAUCCUUUUUCCAGCUUCCUUUCAUCGCUGCCAUCUGGCGUCCGGCGCAUAACCAAGUCGCACCGGCGAGCUCCGUUACUUGUCCAGUCUAUUUCCCUCAGAGGGAGUUGAACGAUGCGCAGAUCAGAGCCGUCGAGCGUGCUCUCGAUCCCUCCGAGAUGAUCACCACAAUCCAAGGUCCGCCGGGCAGUGGCAAGACGACGGUUAUCGCCGCCAUCGUCACGACGAUCACCGUCUGUCAGGAUCCCCUGAAGACUGUCUGGCUGGUGGCGCAAUCGAACGUCGCUGUCAAGAACAUCGCGGAGAAGCUCGCAGACUGCGGCUUUGAGGACUUCAAGUUGAUCGUGUCGAAGGAUUUCCAUUUCGACUGGCACGAGCACCUUUAUGAGAAGAUAGAGAGGAACGUGAUCCGCGCAGAUGCGCUCGCAGACGGGAUAGUUGGCGUCGAGCGUCAGAUCUUGGAUUCUCGUGUCAUCCUCUGCACUCUCAGUAUGAUCACCCAUCCUCGACUCCAGAAGGUGGGCCUCACCCGGUUGGUCCCGGUUUCUACGGUCAUCGUCGACGAAGCUAGUCAAAUCGAAAUCGGCGAUUAUGUACCUCUCAUGCAGAGGUAUGCGUCGAAUUUGACCAAGAUCGUCUUCAUCGGGGACGACGAGCAACACCGCAUGCCUGUACCAAUUGGCGCAUUCAUAUCUCGGCAUGUCUACAAGGGCAAGCUCAAAAGUGUUCACGGCAUCACUGCGCGGACGUCGUGCAUGUUCAUCGAUGUCGCGCACGGUUCCGAGGAGAAGAUGGGAAACAGUUUUUGGAACCCUCGUGAAGUCCAGAUCGUCGUACACCUGGUUCGCCGACUCGCUAGGCUUAAUGCCGCCUUCCGCGUCAUCACCCCGUAUGACGGUCAGCGGACCAAACUAGAGAGUGCGAUCAAGAGCAACAACUUGCCCUGGGAGGACAAAGUCUUCAACGUCGACUCCUUCCAAGGCAACGAGGAGGAGGUUAUCCUCAUCUCGCUCGUUCGGACGGAUAAAGUCGGGUUUUUGUCCAACAUGAGGAACAGCAUGCUGAUUUGCACGAACAAGGCCUUCCUCUCGACCAAGGCGAAGAACACCCUCGUGGGCAAGCUUGCGGACGAGUGGGGUCCUGAGGCUUGGCGGUCGUGGCAGAAUAUCAUCUCGGGUGCUCACUAG